AUGGCAGCUCAGGCUGGCGGAAACGGCGGAGACGGUGGAGCGGGAGGCUUAGGGGGAGGCGGAGGCGGAGGCGGAGAUGGAAGCGGAGGCGGAAGCUUAGGCGGUCGUCCCGUGGGGGAUGAUUAUGUUCUGGAGAAGCAGAUAGGUUCGGGGUCGUUUUCCGUGGUGUGGAGGGGUAGGAGGCGGUCGACGGGCGACGCGGUGGCGAUUAAGGAAAUUCCGACGGAGAAAUUAAGUGCCAAGCUGCACGAGAGUCUCGAGUCGGAGAUUGCGAUUCUGAAACGCGCAAGGCAUCCCAAUAUCGUUCAUCUAUUGGACAUAGUUAAGACCUCGUCGCGUAUGUUCCUUGUCCUGGAGUACUGCGCGGGUGGUGACCUCUCGCACCACAUCAGGCGGGGCGGGGCGGUGAAAGAGGCGGCAGCCCGGCACUUCAUGCGGCAGCUGGGAGCGGGACUGCAGGUGCUGCGAGCCAACAACCUUAUUCACCGGGAUUUGAAGCCCCAGAACCUCCUGCUAUCUGAGCGCACCUCUGCUGCAGUGCUCAAGAUUGCAGACUUCGGAUUCGCCAGGUCGCUGCAGCCACAGGGCCUGGCGGAGACGCUGUGUGGAUCUCCCCUGUACAUGGCGCCAGAGAUCCUGCAGUGCCAGCGAUACGACGCCAAGGCGGACUUGUGGAGUGUGGGCGCCAUUCUCUUUGAGCUUGUCGUGGGGCGACCACCUUUUGGCGGUCAGAAUCACGUGCAUCUGCUGCAAAACAUCAAGAGAAGCGAGGCACGUGUACCGCGCGACAUUGCUGCAACUCUUUCGGACGACUGUCUUGGUCUCAUCCGCUCUCUGCUCAAGCGGAACCCUGGUGAGAGUCACGGGAGAGGCGAGGGUACCCCCCAUUCCAUUCCCCCCCCCUCCCCUCCCACACCUCCGGCUCAUCCGCUCUCUGCUCAAGCGGAACCCCGUUCCCCUCAGUCUAUCUGGCAACCACCAGCCUCCUUCACCAACCCAGCUGCUCAGACCGAACCACCGCCACUCCGUACCGAACCUCCGCCACUUCGUACCGAGCCUCCACCGUUCCCUGCCGAACCUCCAUCAUCGUCCGCCGAACCUCCGCCUCGGCCACAGAGUUCCAAACCUCCUGCAGCUGUUUCUGCCCCUACAACCCCUGCCACCACCCCUUCGGCUCCUGCUGCUUCUCCUGGUGCAGGGGGCGUUGCGCCUGCUCCUCCAACCUCCCCCUCCUUUACUCCCCUACCUCAUACCCCCCUGCCUCCCCCCUCCCUUACUACCCCUGCCCCUGUUCCCCCGUUUCCCCCUCCCCUCGACCCCCCUGCCCUGCCUGCCCCCUGCGCUACCCCUCUCUCCGCCCCGCCUUCGCCCCCAUAUCGCUCCGCUUCCCCACACCUUCCCCCUGGGCCCUCCCACCAUGCCAAGUUCCAGCAACAACAGGGACAGCAGCAGCAGCGUCAGAAUCACUCAGCCCUUGUGUCGAAACCAGAGAGGGGAGUAGAUGCAGCAGCAGCAGCAGGAACAGGAGCAGCAGGAGCAGGAGCAGGAGCAGGAGCAGCAGCAGAGGCUGUACUACCCCCAGCAGCAGAGACAACUGUGCAAGCCACACUGGCCGGACUAUCGCUGGCAGCAACGGUACCGCUCUCAGUGGCAGUGGCGCCAUCCCCAGCACCACCGUUGGUGCCUGCACCGCUGCUCCCUGCAGGGGAUGAAAGAGGAGGCACGGACUCGUUCGAGAUGCUUGAAGGGGACUACGUCGUCGUGGACCACCCAUCCGAACCCUCUCUGUCCGCCGACCAAUCAGCCUCUGCCAACCCAUCUCUCAGCCAGUCGAGCCAACAUCAACAAGUGAAGGCAGCAGGCUCUGCCUCGGCAUUCCCUGCUGCUGCAGCAGCUGCACUGUCAGCUGUUGUAGGGGCAGUGGGGGCUGCAGCUGCUGCUGCUGCUGCUACAGCUGGUUCCUCGGCCCACCCGAUUGCUUCAGCCCGGGUUCCCACAACUGGUGCUACUGCUUAUGCUGUUACAACUCCUGCUGCUGCAGCUGCUACAUCUGGUACAGGUGCUGCUGCUGCUACAGCCGUUGCUACAGCCUCUGGUGCUGUUGCCGGCAGCCCGUUAAUUCCACCCGUAGAAUCCCCACCGUUAUUCCCCCUGCCUCCUAACCACCUCCUCCCUACGUCUGCAGCUCCUGUAAAUAAUCCUGCACGUGUACAGUCACUAUCAGUAGAGUCACACCAUGUACAGUCACAUUCGUUACAGUCACAACCUGUACAGCCACAUUCGUUACAGACACCAUCUGUACAGUCACAAGUGGUAGUAUCAGUAGCACCUGCGCCUCUAGUGCAAGUGAGUGGUUUCUGUCCCAAGGUCUGUACAGGAGGGUUCACCAAGGCAGCAGACACACCACCAGUUACUGGAACCACUGCUCCACCGUUUUCCACCCUGCUGUCUUCCACCCCACCGUUUUCAAACACUACCGUUACCACUAACAACUCUUCAGCAGCCGCCGCACCAUCCGCCUCUGCACCAUCCCCCACCACCGCACCAUCUCCCAGUUUACCCCCCCCGACUGCACCAGCACCAUCCCACGCUCGUUCCGGCUUGGCUCUGGCUGUUAGCCUCGGCACGCCCCGCACAGGUUCUCUGGCCAGACCUGCUCCUGGUAGCCUCGGCAGCGAUGUGGGUGCAGGUGUGGGUGUGAGUGUGAGUGCUGCAUCAUCAUUGAGUGCAGCAGGUUUGCCUGCUGGAGGGGAGCCGGACAGAGGCGGACUGAUGCAGAAUGAACAGCAGAAAGGACAGACACAGCAGCAGAUGCAGAUUCAACAGCAGGAGCAGCAGGUGUUUCAGCAGCAUCCUCAGGAGCGGAUUGCCUUCCUCAGACAAAGCGGGCGUUACAUUGCAGAAAUUGCUGCUAGCAAGCUGGAAGCAGCAGCACCGCUUGCCUCGCUCUCCCUCCACCUGGUCGCUCUCGCGGUGUGGAAAGAGGCUCUCACGCUCUCCCACGAAUGGGCUGCCACCAGUGCCACUAGCACCACCAAUGCCACCAUUGAUACCUAUAACGGUGGUGCUCAUUGUGGUGAUGCUUAUAACGGGGGUGCUUCUAGUGGUUCUGGUGGAAUGAUCCCGGUGCGCAGGAGCAGCAGCGUGGGGGGGCAUGGAGGCAGCAUGGGGGGACAUGGGGGCAGCAUGGGGGGACAUGGGGGCAGCAUUGGCGCCCAUGGGGGCAGCAUUGGCGCCCAUGGGGGCAGCAUGGGCGCUCAUGGGAGCGGGGAGGAGGCAGCAGCAGCAAUGGCGUGUGACUUGGUGGAAGCAGAGUUCCUGGCGGCUGUUGAAACAGCAGAGACCGUUGCUGCUGCUGUUGACAGGGACGGUGAGUGCGACAUAAGGAAAGAAGUGGGAAAGAAGGUCAUGUCAUACAGUAUAGGUAAGUGGGCAGCAGCAGCGGUGGCGUGUGACUUGGUGGAAGCAGAGUUCCUUGCAGCUGUUGAGACAGCAGAAAUUGUUGCUGCUGCUGUUGACAGGGAUGGUGAGUGCGGUACGGAUGGGUGGAUGGGAUUGAUGAGGUGUGGUAUACCGUAUAGAGCAGCGAUGGCAUGCGACUUGGUAGAAGCAGAGUUUGUUGCAGCUGUGGAGACAGCAGAGGCGGUUGCUGCUGCUGUUGACAGGGAUGACCCAUCACCUGUGCCUGAUGCUCUGGAGAUGGUCUAUCAGACUGCCCUCAUCGCUGGUCGCUCUGCUGCUGUUGAGGAGCUGAUGGGAAACAUGGCGUCGGCAGCAGCAGCCUAUGCUCGCUCAGCCACGCUCUUCGCCUUCCUCCUGCACCUCGCCCCUCGCCUCCCCAUCUCCCCGCCCCUCCGCCUUUCCCCUGCCGACCGCCACCGCCUCACCAAGUACCAUGAUGGGGUGUUGGCCCGUCAGACACACUGCUCUGCUGCGCUGCACUACUGA